AUCGAAUCGUGUGCGCUAACUUAGCCGUACAAGGACAGUGCCCCACGAAAGCGGGCUUGCUGACUGACCGCCGGGCGCCACCAACUGACCAGAUGGGUUGACGAGACUCAUCAGCCAGAGCACGUAUUUGCACAACCUCCAAGGCGAAUCAGCAACAUCGCCGUCCACGAAUUAAAUAGAAACACAGCUGGUAAAGUGCAUCUCCUAUACUUGCACAGCUGUUUUUAGGACUCCAGUAGUCUAUCUUCAACCACCUGCGCCACUUCAGCUUUCUCCGUCGACGUGGCCACGCCUACCGCCGAAGACUAACCACCUCCCAUUACCCCAAAAACCAACGCCGAAUCCAACCAUCACCAGCAACACGAGCCUUAGCGCUAUCCAUAACUCAUCCUUGGACAUACGCUGCUUGCUGAGCCCAGCGCCAGUCUCUAUAUCUGAUGGCGUAAAUAAGGGCAUGGCAGAACGAAUACCAGCAGGCGAUAAUAAAGUGCCACUUUCCCCAUCAGCCGCUUCAGGCUUGCCAGUUGCAAAAACUGCAACUGCCUAUAGAUUAACCAGAGCCGCCGCUCGCCAAGCUGCCACGCGUGUGGACAAGGCGUUGCCAACAGCAGAAUCAUCAACAUUUCCCGCCCCCACAAAUUCGAUUGCGGAACAAUCUACAACUGCUACAUCUCGAAAAAGAAAAGUUUCUUCUGGUAAAGGAUCGGGUGUCGCGCUCGUGGCUGUGGGCUCUCGAGUGAAGAGACAAAGGGUCCCAGAGCCGAGGAUAGACUCAAAAUCUAUGGCGAAACAGCAUAUCACGGGACCAGAGAAGAGCAAGGAAUCCAAAACGAUGGAUAAUGAAGAGGAUAGCAAUCGCGCUGCUCAUCGCCCAGCAGCGUCAGAGAAUGCAGUAUCAAGCAGUGUAGCCGAUACUGCGAUGGGCGGGAUGGAAGACCAUCCGCAUGAAACUGGCGUUGGUUCUCACGACGAAGACGACUUAGUUAUGGAAAACACCAGAGAAGCAGGCGAUGACGGUAGUGAGGAUGAUGACCAUAGCACCGGACAUAAUCCCGAAGAUGACGACGACGAAGAUGAGGAAGACGAAGAAGACCAAGAAGAAGACGAUGAUCACGACGGUGAAGACGAUGAGGAAGAGGACGAAGAUGACGACGAUCCAUUUGGCGGCUUUGGAGCCGCUGGGCUUUCAUCCACUCUACGUGCCCUUACUGGUAUGAUGUCCGGACUGUCAAGUAGACUGCGUGACAUCCUCCACAAUCUCCGACAAGAUGAUCUUUCCAUACAAGUAAUUGCUCUACAAGAACUGGCAGAGAUUCUCCUUGUUUCGAACGAAGAUAAUCUUUCGGGUAUGUUCUCUCCAGACGCAUUUGUCAAGGAGCUUGUCCCUCUGAUGAAUAGAGAGGAUAGCCCCGAAGUCAUGUUGCUUGCCUGCCGCUGUUUGGCGCAUCUGAUGGAGGCUCUUCCGGCCAGUAUUGCCAAUGUCGUCUAUCGAAACGCUGUUCCUGUCCUAUGCCAGAAACUGCUUGAAAUCUCCUUCAUCGAUCUAGCUGAGCAAGCUCUCAGCACCUUGGAGAAAAUCUCAGUCGAAUAUCCCUCGAGCAUUGUCCGUGAGGGUGGACUGACUGCGUGUCUGUCAUUUUUAGAUUUCUUUGCUACAAGCACCCAAAGGACUGCUGUCACUACUGCGGCAAACUGUUGCCAAAACAUCCCUGACGACUCUUUCCCUGUGGUUAGAGAUGUGAUGCCAAUCCUUCUCAACGUUCUGAAUAGCAACGAUCAAAGGGUUGUCGAACAAGCUUCUCUCUGCGUGUCAGGAAUCGUUGAAAGUUUCAAACAUCAACCAGAGAGAUUAGAAGAACUCGUCAGUGCUGAUUUGCUCAGGACCGUCCUGCGACUCCUAGUUCCGGGCACAACAAAUCUGAUUGGGUCCAGCAUCCACACCCAAUUCUUACGAGUAUUGGCCUUCACAGCAAAAGCAAGCCCGCGCCUCUCAGCCGAGCUCUUCAAACUGAAUGUCGUUGAAACUCUCUAUCAGAUCCUGACAGGCGUUUCACCCCCAAGCGGCACUGAAGAUGUUGCGUCUAAACUUGACAGCGUAGUGGUCAUGCAAGCACUUAUUCAUCGUCCCAGAGACCAGAUUGUCGAAACGCUCAAUGUAAUCUGCGAGCUUCUUCCUGGUAUACCACGGCAAAAUAACCCAGCGCUACCAGAAACUCUCGCGUUACCAAACAUUUCCGGCUCUGUUUUUGAUUCCUCUACAGACGAUGCCACAAACGAAAGACGAGUAGAGCUUCUGGAGGGAUGCAAGAAUGAAGUUCGCCGAUUUGCUCUAAUAUUGUUCCCUACAUUGACGGACGCAUUUUCCAGUACUGUUAACCUCGGAGUGCGACAAAAGGUUUUAUACGCACAGUUGAAGAUGCUCUCAAACCUCGAUGUGACUAUUCUAGAAGAAGCCCUGAACCCGGUGCCGUAUGCUUCUUUCCUUGCAUCUAUUUUAUCUCAACAAGAUCACCCAUCUCUCGUUGUUUUCGGCUUGCAAGCGACAGAGCUACUCCUCCAUCGACUAGGUGGCAUUUACCGGUACCAAUUGUAUCGUGAAGGUGUCAUUUUAGAAAUUGAAAAGCUCUCAAAAGCGGAUGUUGAAGAUACUACAGAGGAUCAGGAUGCAGACCGGGAGCAUGCAGAAGUCGACGACCACGAGGAAGGAGAGAACCCAGAAGAUCAUGAUAUAGGCAGUGGAGAGCCGCUUGACGAUACAGAAGACAUUAACCUGCAUGGAUCCAUAGAUGUCAUCGCAAACGUCUCUCCAGAAGAUGACACACAUUUGUCAGAUGUGGAUGCCGAAGAAGGUGCAAACGAGCCUGCAGAAGACCAAUCUGCAGCUAGCUCAAGAGAUUCGACCAUUUCAGUUGAAGUAUCGACUGGCCCGUAUGCUACACCGUCCCGUACAAUCAAACACCGUAUCAAAGAGGCCGCACGAAAGUUUUUGGACUCGCACGAACAAGAAGGCCAGGACCAAGAAAUGAAGUUCAAGGCCAAUGUGAUUAUGACUGAGCUCACGAAUCUGGCAAACGAAGUCGAGGCGUUUGCUCUUGGCCAGGGAUCCAAAGAUCUGAACACGGAUGAAGGAAAACAGCUUUUCCAACGUCUCGCAUCCCAUUUCGAUAAGGAUGUAUUGGAAAGUGUGACAAGCGCCGAGCUUCUCGCUUCUGGAAUGGUUCGUGCGCUCCUCGCCGUAUUCUCUAAUCAAGACGAAAGACUCGCUCAAUCCGCACGAGCAGUUUUUCUCGAAACAUUCAUGAACGAGAGUGUAAAGUCGAAGCCCAAAACAGCCACUGCGGACUCACCAGCAACCCCUUUCAGCAUUAUGAUACAUAAGCUUCAAGAUUUGCUCAGUAGAUCUGAACACUUUGAAGUUAUAACAGUGCACCAGAAUGCGUUUGACGGAAGCCGGAGCAGUCCAGCAUCGAUGCUUGGUAAACAGAUCCGACUUCGACUCGUUGCGGACGAAGAUUCCAAUAUUCCUCGUCCUUACAGGAACAUCAUGGUCUCAAUUCAUGCUAUUGCCACUUUUAAGUCGCUGGAUGACUAUUUGAGGCCGAGGAUAAGCCUUUCUGAACGCCCCCGUCCCUCUAGACGUGAUGGAUUAUCGCGAGCCCUUGCUGCCAUUGCUGGUGUAGGUGGCCUGAGUGGUGCGGCCGCUCGUCUCGCUGGGCAUUCAGUCUUUAGCCCUGGCGCCACACCGGCGACUCCGGCUCCUGGCGGACUCCCUACAGCUGAUGCACUAUUAGGUCAUCGCCCAAACACCAGAUCAACAAGUCAAUCCAAUGUCCGAACACCAGGAGCAAAUGGCGGAGGCGCAUCGCCUGAGAAGCGCAGUCCCGCGGAAUCAUCGAGACGUUCUCAACUGCUUCCAGCGGCUGACAACGAUGACAAACCCAAUGACACUCUUGACUGCGCAGAUGAGAAACAAGUAUCAGAUGGAGAUAAUUCACCCGCAGGGGGAGACAUGGCUGAGGUAGUUGGGCAGCUAGAUGAAGACAUAGAGGGCACAACUACACCGGAUCCGUCUGCCAUCAACGUUGAAGUUGCCAGUAGUGGCCAAGCAACGGCACGAAAGGACGACGGGACAAGAGUCUCAACUCCUGCGGCUGGUGGUAGCACCACUCAACCUGGAUGUGGUCCAAGCACGCCGACGCCAUCCUCAACGGCACAAACAGCGAUGUCUUAUGCUUCAGCAUUGCAGGCUAUACCUCAAGACUGGCACAUUGAGUUUAGCCUUGAUGGUAAAGUUAUUUCCAAUGAAACAACGAUAUACCGGGCAGUCUUCACAUCUGCUGAGAAUGGGGACGACCAGCACCUGGGCCGAAAGAUAUGGUCGACAACACACUCUAUAACAUUCAAACGUGUUGCUGGCCCCCCUCCCAUUAGCCCAGCUAAUGCAUCUCAAAACUUGGAAGCACAAUUGGAGACUGAGGCUAACAUCCCAGCGUCGCUAGCAAAGAAUCCAAUCUCUGCUUCAAUUCUGCAGCUUCUCAAUAUUCUGCACGAUAUGAACGCAAACGUGGACGACGUUCUUCUAGCGACUGGACAGCCAUUGGUUUCUGUCCAGGUGGAACCAUUAUCACAAUUUGUAAAUACCAAACUCACGGCAAAGCUAAAUCGUCAGUUGGAAGAACCGCUUAUCGUAGCGAGUAGCUGUUUGCCAAGCUGGUCAGAGGAUCUGGCGAGAUUGUAUCCGUUUCUAUUCCCGUUUGAAACGCGCCACCUUUUCUUGCAGUCCACCUCGUUUGGGUAUGCUCGAUCUAUGGCACGCUGGCAGAAUGCUCAGGCCACAGAGGAUAGCCGACGUGAUCGAUAUAACGAUCGCCCAUUUCUGGGACGUCUCCAACGCCAGAAAGUACGGAUUUCUCGAACUAAAAUCCUUGAAUCGGCCUUGAAAGUAAUGGACCUCUAUGGAGCGUCUCAAAGCAUUCUUGAGGUAGAAUAUUUUGAGGAAGUUGGAACUGGUCUUGGACCGACGCUCGAGUUUUAUUCGACUGUUUCGCAAGAGUUUGCCAAGAAAAAGCUGCGACUUUGGCGUGAUAUGGAUUCCAUAGGAUCCGAGGAAUUUGUCAACAGCCAAGUUGGCCUGUUUCCACGACCACUUGGUGUUGAGGAACUAAGCACACCCAAUGGAGAACGCAUCCUUCACCUCUUCAAGAUCUUGGGCAAGUUUGUAGCUCGCUCUAUGAUUGACUCUCGAAUCAUUGAUAUCCACUUGAACCCUAUCUUCUUCCGCAUUGCAGAUCAAACUGGCAGAGGAGUCAAACCAUCUCUUGGAGCAGUCAAGCUAGUAGACCCUGGGUUGGCUCGAUCGCUAAAAAUGAUUCGCAAGUUCGCACAAGCAAAGAAAGAGGUGGACGAAGACCCAACUCGUACCCCAGCGCAGAAGGUCGCCGAUACAGAGGCUAUCUGUGUCGAUGGCAUAAAGCUAGAAGAUCUUUGCCUCGAUUUCACGCUUCCAGGUUACCCUGGCGUCGAGUUGGAAGAAAAUGGUUCGCAGAAGCGCGUUACUAUGGACAAUGUUGAAGCAUAUCUGGACGGCGUCGUUGAAUUCACCUUAGGAACCGGCGUGAGUCAACAAAUUGAUGCCUUCCGAACUGGGUUUUCGCAAGUGUUUCCUUACACUGCCUUGAGCGCCUUUACCCCUGAUGAACUAGUGUCACUCUUUGGCAGAGUAGAAGAGGACUGGUCAUUAGAAACACUUACAGACUCUAUUAAAGCUGACCAUGGAUAUAACAUGGACAGCCGGAGUGUCAAGAAUCUCUUACAAGCAAUGAGCCAAUUUGAUGACGUCCAGAGAAGGGAAUUCUUACAAUUUAUUACCGGAAGCCCCAAGCUUCCAAUUGGAGGAUUCAGAAGUCUCACUCCGAUGUUUACAGUGGUUUGCAAACCAAGUGAACAUCCUUAUACAUCUGAUGACUAUCUUCCCAGUGUCAUGACUUGCGUCAACUAUCUGAAGCUUCCCGACUAUAGUAGCCUCGACGUCAUGAUACAGCGACUUUCUACAGCGAUGAAAGAAGGACAGGGUGCCUUCCAUUUAUCAUAAACUAUGACAAUACGUUGUCUGUAUAUGUGGUGCGCCUCUGGAUUUCCUUCGAAGUUGCAGCCAAGUACACGAUCUACGUCCCUUGUGGCCGUAACUCAGCCACUAACAACCAAGAACGCAGGCAUUGCAUUCUUUGUAUUUGACAUAUAUGCAAUUCACAUAGAUAUUCAUAGGUCCACGGGAUACUUGUUUACCAGCAACUAGCCAAUUAGAGUAAUGAACUAGCCAAUGGAUACUAAUUGUUACUGUUAUUAUAAUAUUCCCUUUGUAACGACUGGCACCACGUAAUCACCAAGUAACAUAAUAUGCUCCUCUUUCUCAUGACCCAUUAAUAAAGUAUGUACAUAAGAUAAUUAUAAAUCAUAAAAGAUAAGUCUAGCUGCUAAUGUCGUCCGAGUCCCAUAUCUCAUCAGGCAUAGUCUGGUCGUCUCUUAAUAAGCUGUCUGGAAGCAUUUGACUUUUGGUAAGCAACUGGUACGACGCAUCUAGAGGCAUAGAAGACCCUAAUAUACUAAAGGGAACAGCUAUUGAAGACGAGUGAUUAAGAAACCUAACGCUGUCGGAAGAAUGCGCGCCCUCUUGGACCUCUCCGUCUUGUGAAGGCAACGGUUCAGGACAAGUCAAUACGUCCAAAGUUGAGAGUUGUGAGGAAGUGCUUGUCUGGGAAGCGUUGGGAUGUAUCGUAGAGGACUGCACAUCGGAUGCAGGAACUACUGAUGGUGUGGUUUCUACUGCUCCUCCAGACUGAGAGCCUGGUACAGCGUUACCAUCUUCGAGCGUAGACUGGAUUGCCUCAGAAUUAGCUGCAUGUCCUCCAGCCGCGGAUUUGAUUUCUGAAAUAGCCUCUACCAGCGAUUUGACUCUAUCUGGCCUUGGGGUUGAGACGUUGCUUGACUGCAUGACACCGGCAUCCUCUGUGCUAAACACUGGAUGGCGCAAGUUAUAUAAUAGCUGACUGACGACGGCAGGAGGGAAAUACACGUAACGACCGAUUUGACCGUAGAUCCAGUCCUCAGCACGCAUAUCGUCCUCACUUGUCGGAUUGUUCAACUCGUAGAUCUGAUCGACGUUAUAGACCCAAGUACCUGCGGGAUCAGGAGAAGCAGGCCUGGUGGUGAUAUCUGCAACGUAGCGAGUUGUUUUGGAGUUAAAGAGCCAGGCCCGUGCAACAGAGUCUGGAAUCUUGAAAGGCAGUGAGAUGGACAGCGUGAAGCCUCCGAGCAAGUCGUUGAAAGCGUUGUCCUGGAGCGGUAGAAGGAUAUCGGAGCGGGGAGAGGUAGGCGAAAAUGUGUGGAGGAUGGAAACAGCGACGCGCUGCGAUUCUAGGGGCAGACCUUGUGUGCCCUCUAGUGGGGGAUGUACGAUUGGCCACCGAAGGCGUUUACGGCUGUGUUGUGUUGGCGCUGGUUGCUGCUCUCUUGCAGAUGAGAAAGGAGUUUCAGAAGGGCUAGAUGGCGCUUGGAUCAAGGUCUUGCAGCUCUUAGCGGAAGACUUGCCCCAUUGCGACGUGCUAUUAGCCAGCUGAUCAAGGAUGAGUUGUGUCUCGUUGCCAGUGUCGAAAACAUCAUCGUUGGUUAUCAGCUUCUCUCGCUUCUGUUCUUGGUCGUCGGCUGACUGAUGGUAUUGUUUGGAAACAACGGGGAGGGUUGGUUCUUCCUCUGUGAGGUCUGGCCUAGGCAGAUCCUGGCCGAAAUCCGAGUAUCCGUCCUCUUCAUCGGAAUCGGGGAUUUCGUAUAUGCCAUGGUUGGGCGGCUUGACUGCCGAGCUACAUGCUUGCAGCUGCGGGCUGCUCUGUUCUGUGAGGUCGCUUGUCGGGUCUUGCGGCAACAUUGCAGCUGGAAUCUUUCGUCUAAUUUCUGGAGAUGGAGAUGCUACGCCAAUUGGUGUGGUAAAGGCCAGGCCUUGUGAUUUUGAGGACAUGGGUGUUGCGGCAGGAGGCGAGCUCCAGCUGUCCGUGGCAUAUGAGUCUUGAAUCAGUGAAUCCCGACGCACUGUUGGCGUUGAGUUCUUGGUAAGCUUAGAGGGUGAUUCAGUCGAGCCUGGGUAUCCAUAACGUGCGACCCGAGCUGUGGAUGGUGUGGUGAGCUGUGCUGAUAUCGGGAGUUGGAACCGCGUGUUCUUAACAGGGGUUUGGGGAAUGACCGAGUCUUCGCGCUGCUUUGCGGCAUGGUCAUGGCCAUCUUCAGCCUCAGUUUCAGCCUGGGAUUCUGUUACCCGAGUAGAGAUGUUUGCGGGUGACCCGGCAUGACUGGAGCUGUCACCUAACCACUGAAGGAAGUCCUGAGGCGGGUCACCAUCUAGGCUAUUAUCGUCGUCUGAGUCUGCAACAAUAGGGCAAUGGGUAUCGACGCGGGUUGGAGACUUUUCAAGGCUGCUUGUGGAUGACUUGUUGACAACUUUCCUCUGAUUUGAGGCUUCGUCCCCCAACGUCCGUCUUCGCUUGGUGCUGUCGUCCUUGUUGGCGAGUCUGCUAUUCCGCUUCCGUACUCGUGUUAUAGGUCCUUCAUCCUCAGAUUCUGUGUUAUCUUGCUGCCCAGCUUCACCGCUCGUGUCGGUACCUUCUACGGAUGCUUUAUGAAUGCUCUCUUCAUCCUGUUCUCCAUAUUGGUCGCCCUCGGUGUCACUUGAGGGGUGUUCCCCGUUGUCAGGCAAGACAGAUGACGUAAACUGUAUCAGAGUCUGCUGCCGCAGACGUUUUGUGCUACUGCUAGGCGGGGGCUCGUUGGAAGUAUCUGGAUCUCGCACUCGUCGGCGCCUCGCUGGGAAUUGGAGCUGUUGCAGCUUUGGUGGUUGCUGAUAUACGAUGCUGGGCGGCGGUGCCUUGCCCCCCGAUCGUGUGCGGGACGACAUGGGCGAAGUGUCUCAAAACAUGGGAUGCAGGAUAUUCGGAAACGGCCGAUGCGAGACGAUUUGCCAGUUUGGUUCUUGAUUAAAGCAGAUUCAACAAGUGGCUGUUAACAGGCGAAGGUUCAUA